AUGCCCACCCCCAGCGCCUCCUCGCCACAGCCCAAGGGCUUCAGAAGGGCCGUCUCGGAGCAGGAUGCCAAGCAGGUUGAAGCCAUCAUGUCCCCAAGGUUCAUCGGGCGGCGGCAGAGUCUCAUCGAGGACGCUCGGAAAGAGAGGGAGGCGGCAGCAGCUGCAGCGGCGGCAGCGGCAGCGGCAGUAGCCUCCUCGGAACCUGGGAACCCCCUGGAGGCUGUGGUAUUUGAGGAGCAGGAUGGGAAGGCUGUUCUCAACCUGCUCUUCUCCCUGAGGGGCACAAAACCCUCCUCACUGUCCCGGGCUGUGAAAGUAUUUGAGACAUUUGAAGCCAAAAUCCACCACUUAGAGACCCGGCCUGCCCAGAAGCCACUGGCAGGAAGUCCCCACCUGGAGUACUUUGUGCGCUUCGAGGUGCCCAGUGGAGACCUGGCCGCCCUCCUCAGUUCUGUGCGUCGGGUGUCUGACGAUGUGCGCAGUGCCAGAGAGGACAAGGUUCCCUGGUUCCCAAGGAAAGUGUCAGAAUUGGACAAGUGUCACCACCUGGUCACCAAAUUUGACCCUGACCUGGAUCUGGACCACCCGGGCUUCUCUGACCAGGUGUACCGCCAGCGCCGGAAGCUGAUUGCAGAGAUUGCCUUCCAGUACAAGCAGGGCGAACCAAUUCCCCAUGUGGAGUACACUGCAGAGGAAAUUGCUACCUGGAAAGAAGUCUAUGGCACACUGAAGGGCCUCUAUGCUACCCACGCCUGCCGGGAGCACCUAGAGGCUUUCCAGCUUCUGGAACGGUACUGCGGCUACCGAGAGGACAGCAUCCCACAGCUGGAGGACGUGUCCCGCUUCUUGAAGGAACGGACUGGCUUCCAGCUGCGACCCGUGGCCGGCCUCCUGUCUGCCCGUGAUUUUCUGGCCAGCCUGGCCUUCCGUGUGUUUCAAUGCACACAGUACAUCCGCCAUGCCUCCUCACCCAUGCACUCACCUGAGCCGGACUGCUGCCAUGAGCUGUUGGGACAUGUACCGAUGUUGGCUGACCGCACAUUUGCCCAGUUCUCCCAGGACAUUGGACUUGCCUCUCUGGGGGCCUCAGAUGAAGAAAUCGAGAAACUCUCUACGGUGUACUGGUUCACUGUGGAGUUCGGGCUGUGCAAACAGAACGGGGAGCUGAAGGCUUACGGUGCGGGACUGUUGUCCUCCUAUGGAGAGCUUCUGCACUCCCUGUCAGAAGAGCCUGAGGUCCGGGCCUUUGACCCAGACGCGGCCGCUGUGCAGCCCUACCAAGACCAGACCUACCAGCCGGUGUACUUUGUGUCUGAGAGCUUCAGUGAUGCCAAGGACAAGCUCAGGAACUAUGCCUCCCGUAUCCAGCGCCCAUUCUCGGUGAAGUUUGACCCGUACACACUGGCUGUUGAUGUUCUGGACAGUCCUCACACUAUUCGGCGCUCCUUGGAGGGGGUCCAGGAUGAGCUGCACACCUUGGUCCAUGCACUGAAUGCCAUUAGCUAA